AUGGCUACCCCUAGUGUCCUUCCUUUUGACGCUGAGGGUCGGGCCAUUGACUUUGACGUCUGGAUAGAUGACCUGCAGCUUUUCUUACAGUGCGAUAGGGCGGACGGUCUCUUUCUCUUUGACCUCAACUCUGGUGCCUCUCCUGCCCCUGCUGCUGAUGCUGACGCCACUGUCUGCUCACAGUGGGCCACGCGCGAUGCUGCUGCACGUCUUGCUGUGCGUCGCCACCUGCCUACCUCUGAGCGGACCACUUUCUCUCGGUCUGUCCCACCACUCACUGUUGACCUCCUCGAGAAGGCCCUCCUAGCAGCGGAGAAGAGCAUAGUCGCUGUAGGGGCCUCUCGUGGUGACCCGCGCACCCCCAUCUUUGAGGGGUGUUCCCCCUCCCCUCUCUUGCCCUCUGUUGCCUCUGCUGCUGCGGCCGACCUCGUUGGUCUGGAGUCGCUAGGUGCGGCGUCUACCCCUAGUGGGAAGCAUCGCUCUGGCAAGGGCAAGGGGGGCAGGGGCGCUGGGGGAGCUAGCGGGGGAGGUGGAGGCGGCGGUGGAGGCAGUGGAGGGGGUGGGGGUGGUGGUGGGAGUGGUGGCGGGGGUGGAGGUGUCGGCGGCGGCAGUGGAGGCGGAGGCGGCGGCGGCGGUGGCGGUGGGAGCGGAGGUGGUGGAGGUGGCGGAGUUGGAGGAGGCGGUGGCGGAGGAGGAGGAGGAGGAGGUCGUGGCUCUUCGCAGAGGAGUGGCUCCGGUGGUGGUCAGCGCCAGCAGCAGCAGCGCAGUCGGGAGACCCAGUCCCCUCAGCAGCUCUGUAAGUGGUACUCUGCACGCCAGCGGGGUGGGGGUACUGGUCCGUGCACCUACAUCCUGCGCACCGGCGACCGUGCGGGUGAGCAGUGUGGGGGUGCGCACCCCACCCAGCACUGCUUUUACCGCGUGACGGACGCUUGGCGUCACCAGUUCCCUGAGGCCACUGAGAUCCCUCGCUGGGGCGAGCUGUCUAGGGCAGGGGUAGCUAUCUUUGACCUUGACUUUGAUGCUAUUCUUGCUGCUAUGUAUACUGUGUGUCCCGGGUAG